CAAAGGUUUCAAAAUCUUUAUUGUUUUUGUAAUUUUGCUGUAUCCCCAGACGUGCGCCUCACUUCACCCUGUAGGCUACUUAUCGGUUUUCCAAAAGCGAGUGACUCCCAAGCGGGUUGAGGCUGUUCCACCCCUGCUUUGCUGUCUUGUAAUCUCCCAGGGUCCCUUGAAGUUGUCAAAUAUGGCUGCAAAAGUUGCUGCCCACAAGCACUUGAGUCAUGGCUACAGCAGUAGUCAGUCUAAAUAUGUUGUCAAAGAGUACUCAAGCUCUGAAGAUUUGGUGGAGUACAGGCAUCAUUUCGCAAAGCAAUUACAGGACGUGCUGUACAAGAAGAUGCCAGAGACGCAUAUACGUGAGGGGUCCAUGAUCAGGGGCCCCAAGUUCCUGGUUAGGUUGAGAUCCCACACGGUGUUCGAGAACACACCAAUAAAACUCUUCUGCACCGUGCAGGGAUACCCAACCCCCAUUAUCAAAUGGUUUAAAGACAAUGUCCUUCUUGACAACUCAUCAGGAAAAUACGUGGUGGUGAACAAUGCUGGAAUUCAGACCCUGCAGAUCAGCAAAUGUGGAACUAAUGACACUGCCAUGUAUACAGCUGUUGCCACCAACUCUCAUGGUCAGGCCUCCACUCAAGCCUCCAUUAUUGUAAAGAAAAACAGGGAAGAGGAACAAUCUUGUCCUUAUGCCUGGCUGCCCUACGAGUUUGCCAUUUUGCCUGCGAUCAAGUACACAAAGAUUAACAUUACCUUCUUGGAGACUUUCAAAGGGACUUUUACAAAAGAGGGUGACAGCAUCACCCUGUCUUGUAAAAUGACUGUCAGUCCCAAUCUUGCCAACCUCCAACCUGAAGCACUGUGGUACAGAGAUGAGCACCUUUUGAAAGGAUCAAAGUGGGCGAAAAUGGAGUUCGGCGGAGGUGUUGCUAAGCUCACCCUUCCCGAGCUCUACAAGGAUGAUGAGGGCCUGUACACCCUCCGCAUGGUGACAAAGGGGGGCGACGCCAUGCACAGCGCCUACCUCUAUGUGGAAGACGGCCCCCCCCCAGUCCCUCAGUCACCUGGUGCCCCUAUGGACAUCAGGAUCCACGAUGCCAACAGAGAUUAUGUUAUUGUGUCAUGGAAGCCUCCGAACACCACCACUGAAGGCCCCAUCAUCGGAUACUUUGUAGACCGAUGUGAGGUUGGCACCGAGAACUGGACACAGUGUAAUGACUCUCCCAUCAAGAUCUGUAAAUACCCAGUGUCUGGCCUGUUCGAGGGACACUCGUAUUACUUCCGGGUCAGGGCCAUCAACUCUCACGGCGUCAGCAGGCCCUGCAGAAUGUCCGACCCCAUCGCUGCCCUAGACCCAACCGAGUUUGACAGACUUCAUGUCACAAAGUUGGGCGGCAAACUUGAUGUUGUGACUUACCACGAUGACCUUGAAGCUAAGGGAAAAGCACCCGGGGUACCCACCAACAUCCAUCCCUCUGAGGCCGACCGAACAUAUGUCGUGCUCAGCUGGAGUCCACCUGCCUAUCAUGAGCGUGCACCCAUGUGGUACUACAUCGAGAAGACUAUGGCUGGAAGCGGCGCUUGGCAGAGGGUGAACACUCAAGUGCCAGUGAGAUCCCCCCGCUAUGCCGUGUUUGACUUGGCUGAGGGCAAGGAGUACCAGUUCCGAGUGCUCGCCGCAAACAUGUACGGCACCAGCGAGGCCUCCGAACCCACCAAGCCCAUCCAGACCAAGGAGCUCAAGGGUGUGCCCUCCGCUCCGGGUCAGGUGGUCGCCACCAGGGAAACUGACACCUCUGUUGUCAUUCAGUGGGCCCCACCGAAGGAGCCCAAUAAUCUCAUUGGUUAUUACAUCGACUCAUGCGUCAAGGGAUCCAAGGACUGGGGUUCAGCCAAUCAUAAGCCAAACAAGAAAACCAAGUUUGUGGUUAACGGCCUGACUACCGGUGAGACGUAUGUGUUCCGUGUUCAAGCCAUCAAUGAGCUGGGUCUUAGUGAUGAAUCCCAGGAGUCAGCCCCCAUCUCUGUGCGCGCUGCUCUCAAAACACCAUCCGCUCCUUACGACAUCUCUCUGCUGAGCUGUGAUGGAACCUCCAUGGUUCUGAAUUGGAAGCGUCCUUUGAAGUCGGGUGGCUCGAAAGUUAGCGAGUACUACAUCGAUAAGAGCAACAUGGCCAAGAACGUCUGGAAGGAAGUGAACAUCCCCCCUAUCAAAGAGAGAAUUUACAAGGUUGAGAAUCUGUCUGAAGACGCGUCUUACAAAUUCAAGAUUUACGGUUUGAGUCUUGCUGGACUUGGCCAGGCCUCCGAACCCAGUGCCACCUUCCAGUGUAAGGCCUGGAAGAUGCCCGAGCCAGGCCCUGCUUACGACCUGACCUUCUGUGAGAUCAGGGACACCUCUCUGGUCGUGGAGUGGAAGGCUCCGGUGUACACCGGUGCCAGUGCCGUCGCCGGCUACGUUGUGGAGUUUGCCAAGGCUGGCUCCAGCACAUGGAAUGCCGCCAACACCAAAGCCGUCAAUCACCGUUACACCAAGGUGACUGGCUUAGAGGCUGGCGAGGCCUACGUGUUCAGGGUGCGUGCAGAGAAUGGUGAGGGCCUCGGCGCACCGUCAGGCCCCUCCGACCCAGUGAUUGCCAAGGCGCUGCCAGGCGCGCACGAGAUUAAGUGUGGUGUGGACGAGAACACAGGCGACAUUUCUUUGUCAUUCGAGAGCUGCCAGAUGACUGAGAAGACUCAGUUUAUAUGGAAGAAGUCCUACAAGGAGAUCACUGAGUUCUCCAAGGGAAUCGUUGUGAAGACACAAGGCAGCACCUCAACACUGCUUUUCAAGAACCCAGACAAAGAGGAUGUUGGAACAUUCUCAGUCGUUGCUACCCACACAGAUGGCUCCUCAGCCAGCUACAAAAUAUCUACCGAAGAGAUGCAGAAAAUGCUGGCCCUGAGCUACGACAUCCGCAACCCAAUUAUUCCUAUGAAGGUAGAGAUGGCAUACAAGAUCCUAGAGAGGGGUCGCGUGCGCUUCUCAGUGCAGGCCGAGAGCAUCUCCACCGCCGUGACCUACAAGUUCUUUGCCAACAACAAGGAGCUUGCCAACUGUGAGCAAACCAAGAUGAGCCAUGAUGCCUCUACCGGCAUGAUUGAGAUGGUGUUGGACCACUUCACGGAGGAAAUCGAGGGCACCUUCACUGUUAUUAUCCAGGACGGAAAGGCCAAAGCACAGUCAUCCCUGGUGCUCAUCGGAGAUGCCUUCAAGGCAGCCUUGGCUGAGGCUGACUAUCAGAGAAGGGAGUACAUCAGAGUCAAGGAAGGUCCCCAUUUCGGCGAGUUCCUCUCUGUUCACGUCGGCGACGACUGCUCCGUCUCCCUUGUUUGCAAGGUGGCUAAUCUGAAGAAGGAGUCUGUCUUCCACUGGUUUAGGGACGGCGCCGAAGUCGUCCCCGACGUGCCAGCGGACCUAACAUCUGGAGUGUGCAAGCUCCCCCUUGCCCUGUUCUCCAAGAAAGCUGUUGGUGUUUACAUGGCCACCAUCAGUGACGACAGAGGAAAAGACGAGUCCCAUAUUAACGUCUCCGGUGAAGUUUUUGAUAAGAUCAUCAAUGACCUGACUCGUCUGGCUGGAUCUGCUGCGGCCGAGGUGGCAGUCCACAGCACCACUGAGGGAAUCAUGCUUCAGUGCCACAUGAAGUAUUACACAGAGGAGAUGAAAGUCCAGUGGCUGCAGAAGGACACCAAACUCACCGCUUCAGAGAGACUGAGAAUCGGUGGCACCCCAAACAUGGCUACUAUUGAGAUUGUGGAGCCUGUCGACAAGGACAAGGGUGUUUAUAACUUUCACAUUACGGACGCUGAGAAGACCUACACUCGCACCAUUGACUUCUCUGGACUAGUCUAUGAUAACGCCUAUGCAGAAUUCCAGAGACUCAAAGCCGAGGCGUAUGCAGAAAAGAACCGCGGUAAGGUGAUUGGUGGUCUCCCAGACGUGGUCACCAUCAUGGAGAAGAAGACCCUCAGCUUGACCUGCUUAGUGUGCGGUGACCCCAAGGCGCAGGUCAGCUGGUCUAAGAACGACCAGGAAGUGGAGCCCGACGACCAAUACAGCAUCUCCCUCGAGUCCGGCAAGUUCGCCAGCCUCACCAUAAAGGGUGUGUCCAUGGAGGACUCUGGGAAGUACACCAUGACCGUGAAGAACAAGUACGGCGGUGAGACCGUGGACGUCAUCGUGAGCGUCUACAAGCACGGUGACAAGAUUCCGGACAUCAAGCCAGUGUCCAUGCCCAGGAGGAUUCUGCCCCCCAUUCUCCCCAUCGUACUCCCCAGCGCCAAGCCUGCCGCCCCCACCCCCACCCCUCCCCCACACUCUGCCAAGUCCCCUACCCCACCCAUCUCCCCCAAGUCCCCUACCCCCGGUCGCGGCACACCAAGGAGAAAGUAAACACAGAAUACACACAGAAUAAAAAUAAUUAAAAUCCCAAACUAUGUAGAAAUAAAAAGAAAUACUGAUGCAUAGAGGUGAUACAUUUGUAGUGUGAGUCAUUGUAUAAUGAGCGGGUAGGAGGGGGAGAGAGGGGUCGUGUUAUAUUUAGUGCGCUUGCCACCACACUGAAGAGAGCAACAGUUUGUCAUCUGGCUUCUCGAAAAGAGCUGAGCAGGGCUCUGAUGAAUUUGGUUCCCACUUCUCUCGGAGGUGCCCCGGUGAAAAAUGACCAGCUUUGAUGUUCAGUUUAUUAAAUCUCUGUUUUUAAAAAGCUGCACUUUCAAUUAGCCGGUAGAAUUCUGAAGCGUUUACUCUCACCACGGAUGGAUAAGCCCGGACCCCCACUUAGCCCCUAGUGGCAAGCACUUCCAUCGCCGUCGCCACUCCAGAUAAAUCUCGUUACACCCUUGCUGCCCCGUGUUUCCUGCUUUUGUGUUAAUAAAAGAAGUAGAAAUCACUU